GUUAACGACACUGCUUCAUACUGGAGUAAAGUUAUUAAUAACUCAGCGGUUAAUGUACCAUGAAGAGGUAACUUGAGUUUAGGCUAUGUAGUCUUGUCCCUGAAAUCCUGUGUGAAACUGAGAAUUCACUCUGUAAUUUAUAGGUUUCGGAGCCACCAGCGCGCAUGCUAAAGUACAUAAAGGCGAGCUAGCUCGUGUUAGCAUAGCACGACGUUUGUGCUGUACUUAGACGUGUGUCUUUCAACCCGUUCUUCACCAGUGGACAAAUUUAUCAUGUAAAAUUAUUUUUUUACAUGUUAAACUAGUAACAUAGCUAACAUUGUUCGAGACAAUGAACCACCCGGCGGCACCUUUUAUUUCCAUGGAUCAGCUGAGUUUUGUUACAUCAGUACGGAAGUUUGCUAAAGCCUCAUAGCUAACGUCAGCUAGCAAGAUAUAUCACAGUCAGCCCCUUGUCUCUGUUCAUUCGUGUUCAUUCAACAGCCAGACGUUUUAGAUAAUUAGGUGAAAGCUAAGGCUGUAAUGUGUAACUCAAGACCACGAGUUAGCGGUUAGCUAAAUCUACCGUCGCCGUUAUGGCUGGACGUGGCGAAAUCACUUUUCAUAUACAGUCUAUGCGCAGUCACUGGAGUAGUUAGCCUUUAGCCAUUAUGUCGCCCGGCGUUACAUAACAGUUCGCUAACAACCAGCUCCACGUACCACCAACAGCUCAUCACCAACUAGCCGACGAAUGCUAUUUGUAAACCCCGAAUAAUGCAGUGAAGGACUGUGCUAUAACGACGAGUCGGAUGGCGUCCGGUGGACGUUAAGGACACAUUCAAAGAGCACCGGCUCGUUAAAAAUGACGCCAUUUUACCCUUGAAAUGUUAUGACGAAACCAGUUUCAGUUUUGCAAGCGAAAUGUGUGAUUUGAACGUGUGAUUGUUAAAACGCAAAAUCAAAUCUAUAAUAAUGUGAUGGGAGUGUUGACCACGUUGUUUUCACUGUAGCCGGCUGAACACAUCAUAGGCAGUACAUGCAGACUGUCGAACCUAUGGAGGGAAAUGUGUGUGUUAAACUCUGGAGUAAACAAUUACUUAGAAAACCAGUUGAACUUGAAUGAAAGCCUUUGGUCUACUUCCAAAGUACAACACCAACAAUGGAGUUUUACACACAUGCUUGUUUUUUUUCCCAGCGGGUCCUCACAUGGACCCUUUCCCCAGGGUAUCUUAUCUUUGUGGUCAGUGGUCAUAGCAACAACAACUCCAAGGUGUAGUGGUACAGUGGGAGCCAUCGUGACCUGCCCCCUGGAGGUAUUGAAGACACGGUUGCAGUCCUCUGGCUUCACCCUCAGGCCUGUCUUCCAGGUCCAGCUGGGGACCCUAAGCGGUACUGGGGUUAUACGACCGGGGACUGUUACACCUGGGCUGCUACAGGUUUUACGAUCCAUUCUUGAAAAAGAGGGACCAAGAUCACUUUUCCGUGGUCUGGGGCCAAACCUUGUUGGUGUGGCCCCCUCAAGAGCCAUUUACUUUGCUGCUUACUCGAAAUCUAAAGAAAUGUUCAAUGGGCUGUUCGUCCCUAAUAGUGGAUUGGUGCACAUGUCCUCUGCUGGUGUUGCAGCUUUCGUUACUAACUCUCUGAUGAACCCCAUCUGGAUGGUCAAGACCAGGAUGCAGCUGGAAAAAAAAGCCAGAGGAGAGAAAAAGAUGAAUGCACUGCAGUGUGCUCGCUAUGUUUACAAAACGGAAGGAAUCCGGGGCUUCUACCGAGGCCUGACGGCAUCUUAUGCCGGCAUCUCGGAGACCAUGAUCUGCUUCCUCAUCUACGAGACACUAAAGAAACACCUCGCCAAGCGCCAGUUUGCCUCCCCGAAUAGUGAAAAGGAGAAAGGAGCAUCAGACUUCCUGGGUUUGAUGAUGGCAGCAGCUUUUUCAAAGGGUUGUGCGUCCUGCAUCGCCUACCCACAUGAGGUCAUACGGACAAGACUGCGUGAGGAAGGCAGCAAGUACAAGUAUUUCUUCCAGACAGGGAGGUUAAUAGCGGUGGAGGAAGGCUAUGCAGCUUUUUAUAGAGGACUCAUUCCACAGCUAAUUAGACAAAUCCCUAAUACAGCCAUCGUCCUCUCCACUUAUGAACUCAUUGUCCAUCUGCUGGGAGACCCCAAGUGAAGACAUGUUUAAAAGUUGGCGUUUUUCUGACAAUGGGUGCCUCACAAAACGCAAGACACACUGGGCAAGAGACUUUGAAAAUGCAGCACAUACUGUACAUAUUUUGAUGUGGUGCUACAGAGACUUUUAUGGUGGAACUGAAGCAGAUUGUACUGUUAUCCAAAGAGCUAAACAAAUUAUUUUAUUGAAAGCUUGUCGUUAGGAGUUUAUCAACAUAAUUCAAGACGUUGUGGUUCUUAUUGAAACUCCAGACCUGUGAAUAAGUCAUCUUCUGAGAGGACUAGUGUUAAGUUAACUAAGUUAUUUUAUGUUUUGUUAUUUUAUGACAGUGUUUGUUUCCUUUUAUCAGUGGUAAAUGUACCAUCACAGAUGAUUGUGCUAGUCAACUCAUUUAGUUGACAAAGGGAAGUUAUCCAGACGAAGGGUAAGUAAUAGUGCGGUUCCUUGCAGUGUAAUGACCACAGACCAUUUUGAGAUUUUUGUUUCACAAGAACAAUGUGCUGGUUCUAAAGUUGGAAUUACAGAGAAAUGUAUCAUAUUUUUCAUUAAUAUAUAUUCAUACACACAUAUAUACAUAUAUAGGCUUACAUGUGUUUUUCUUUGUGAAAAAGAGUCAUCUUUUACACUAUAAUGAGAACUCGGAUGCUUUUUUUGACCAGUGGCUCAAUAAACUGCAUCAAGAAACUA